CCGCGCCGUACACCACGAGCACAUAGCCAGAUAGCCUGAGAUCGACGAUGGCCGGAGACGGCGGCGAGGUGACGCUGCUGGGCCACUGGGGGAGCCCGUUCGUGACGCGGGUGCGGCUGGCGCUGCGCCUCAAGGGCGUGCGCUACGAGUACGUGGAGGAGGAGCUGCGCAGCAAGAGCGACCUCCUCCACCGCUGCAACCCCGUCCACCGCUCCGUGCCGGUCCUCAUCCACGACGGCCGCCCCGUCUGCGAGUCGCGGGUCAUCCUGCAGUACGUCGACGAGGCCUUCGGCUCCCCCGGCGACACCCUCCUCCCCGCCGCCCCGCACGAGCGCGCCGUGGCGAGGUUCUGGGCGGCAUACUUCGACGAGGAGAUGGGCGCGCCGUGGGACCGGGCGCUCAGGGCCGGGAGCGAGGAGGAGCGGGCCGCGUGGAUGCAGAAGGUGGUGGACGCGGCGGACAGGCUGGAGCGCGGGCUGAGCGAGUGCACAGGCGGCGGCAGGAAGGGCUGCUUCUUCGGUGGCGAGCGUGUCGGGUACGUCGACGUCGUGGUGGGCGGCGUGGUCUCGUACGUGCACGCCACCGCGAGGGUCUCCGGCGAGAGGGUGUUCCAGGAUGAAGCCAGGACGCCGCUGCUGGCGGCGUGGCUGCGGCGCUUCGGCGAGCUCGGCGUCGCCAGGGAGCUGCUCCAGGACGUGGACCGGGUCGUGGACUACGUCAGGUUCAUACACGCCAAGAACGCUGGCAAGGCACCUCCUGCGAAUUAACCACGGCUCCAUGUAUCAGCACGCGCGCGUCCAUGGACUGUCGACGGCGAAAUGAGGAACUGAAUGUUAUGUGCACUUGCAGCAGAGAAAGUUGAUUGGCUUGCAACUCUACCUGUAGCGUGAUUUGUAAUAAGGGCGUGGCUACGUCUCAGUCGACAGAUGACAUAUAGCAUGAAAUGUAAGAAAGAAAAAGAAAAGCCUUUAGGAAAAAAAUUG